UUUUGACAGUACUGAAUCAAUGGAGGAAAUAGAGCAGGCCACAACAACUUCACUCCCAUCGCUAAGGCUAAAUUACGACGUGUUCUUGAGUUUCAGAGGCGAAGAUACUCGCGAAAACAUCACUAAAAACUUAUACGAUGCCUUAUACUCAAAAGGCGUCCGAGUUUUUCGUGACACAAACGGGUUAACUCAGGGCGACGAGAUCGCACCAGGUCUUAUGGAUGCAAUCAACGAUUCUGCUGCAGCUAUUGCUAUUAUUUCACCCAAUUAUGCUUCGUCGAGAUGGUGUCUCGAGGAAUUAGCGACGAUUUGUGAGUUGGGUAAACUCGUUCUGCCCGUUUUCUACCGGGUUGACCCGUCGGAUGUGCGAAGGCAGAGAGGACCAUUUCUACGUGAUUUUGAGAAUUUAGAAGGAAGGUUUGGAGUGGAAAAGGUGGUGAGAUGGAGAAAUGCUAUGGAAAGAGUUGGUGGAAUCUCCGGCUGGGUUUAUUAUAAUCGUGAAGAGUCACAGUUGAUACAGAAUUUGGUGAAAAGAGUUUUACAAAAAUUGAGCAAUUCCCCAAUAUUUGUAGCUCCAUUUGUUGUUGGAAUUGACUACCGUCUGGAAGAACUCAUAAGGCAGUUAGAUGUGAAGCACAAUGGUGUCAAGAUUAUUGGGUUGCAUGGAAUCGGAGGGGUUGGUAAAACUACUCUUUCUAAGGCUGUUUAUAAUAAAUUUGCUUCUCAUUUUACACACAGGACUUUUAUCUUGAAUGUUAAAGAAAUAGUUGCUCAACAAGGCAUUGUGUCCCUUCAGAAGAAAAUAAUACAAGGUCUUUUCCCGAGCAAGGUCUUCUCCUUCUCCCCUAGUAAUGCACAUGAGGGAAGAGUAAAAUUCGGACGAUUUCUUCAAGAAAAGCGCGUCCUGCUUGUCUUAGAUGAUGUAGAUUAUGUAAAUGAUGAUGUUAACAUACUGAAGGCACUAAUUGGUGGGAAAAACUGGUUUUUUGAAGGGAGCAGGGUUGUUAUUAGUACUAGAAACAGAGGAAUUUUGCUAGAAGACAUCGUUAACGAGACAUUUGAGGUGAGAGAAUUGGGUGGUCCUGACUCACUAAAACUGUUCAGUUACCAUGCAUUUAGAAGACAGGAGCCAUUUCCAGCUUUUGUGAAUAUGUCCCAACAAAUUGUCUCAAUCACUGGAGGGCUACCAUUGGCUCUUGAAGUUUUUGGUUCUUUCUUGUUUGAUAAAAGAAGCGAGGAGGAAUGGAUAGAUGCUCUAGAAAAGCUAAAACAAAUUCGCUCACCUCGUCUUCAGGACAUCUUGAAAAUAAGCUAUGAUGGUCUUGAUGAUGAAGAGAAGUGUAUAUUCCUUGAUGUUGCGUGUUUAUUUCUUGAUCAAUUAGAAAAGAAAGCUGAAGAUAUAAUUGAUGUGAUGAAAGGAUGUGGUUUUAGAGCCAGCAUUGCAUUUGACACUUUAACUGCUAGAUCAUUGAUUAAGGUAAUUGAUGGUGGGGAUUUGUGGAUGCAUGACCAGAUAAGAGAUAUGGGAAGACAAAUUGUUAUACAACAAGGCAUUUCAGAUCCCGGGAAGCGCAGCAGACUUUGGGAUGUUGCUGAUGUUUUGAGUGUGUUACAAGGAAGGAAGGGGACACAGCACAUCCAAGGGAUCAUCCUGGAUCAGUAUCAGAAGCCAUCAUCAAAGAUUAAAAGCGCGAAAGCAAUUACUAGAGAGCAUUUUCAACAAGUUCCGACUUUUACUUCUGCAUUAGCUUACAUUAAAGAGUUGUGCAAAGAACAAUUUCAAAAUGAUGCAAAAAAAACCAAUGAGUUGGUAUUGAACACUGAAGUAUUUGAUCCUAUAGUUAAUCUGCGGCUACUUCAAUUCGAUAAUGUGAAACUAGAGGGAAAUUUGGGGAAGUUACCUUCUUCACUAAAAUGGCUCCAAUGGAAAAGAUGCACACUUUCAAGCUUUUAUUCUGAUUAUUAUCCAAGUGAACUUACCAUGCUUGAUCUCUCAGAGAGCAAAAUAGAGAGGUUUGGAAACCAGGAAUGGACCUGGACUCGCAAAAAGGUGGAAAACAAGUUGAUAGUUAUGAAUAUCUCUCGUUGUCAUAAAAUAACAGCUAUUCCUGAUUUAUCCACGCAUAAAGCAUUGGAAAAGUUGAUAGCUGAGCGUUGCAGUGCAUUGCAAAAGAUUCACAGAACAAUUGGGAAUCUGAAUACGUUACGUCAUAUAAAUCUAAGAGAUUGCCGCAACCUUGUUGAAUUUCCAGGUGAGGUUUCCGGGCUGAAAAAUCUUGAAAAGCUGAUACUCUCGGGCUGCUCGAGAUUGAAACAGUUACCUGAACAUAUAGGCAAGAUGAAGUCCUUACAAGAACUUCUAUUAGAUGGGACUGCUAUAGAGAAGUUGCCUGAAAGUAUAUUUCGCUUAACAAAACUUGAGAAGUUAAGCUUAAGCCAGUGCCACUCAUUGAAACAACUUCCUCGGUUCAUAGGAAAGCUAAGCGCUUUGAAGGAACUCUCUCUUAAUGGUUCUGCUGUGGAAGAAAUACCUGAUUCUAUUGAACAUUUGCAGAACCUUCAUACUUUAAACUUAAUUAGGUGUGAGUCACUUGCUGCUAUUCCCAGUUGUGUUGGCAACCUCAAAUCUUUAGCAAAUCUCUGGCUUUAUGGCAGUGCAAUAAAAAUGAUGCCAGAAUCUAUUGGUUCUCUGUAUUAUCUUAGGUCCUUAUCGCUCGGAAACAGUCAGCAUCUGAAUGCAUUGCCUGUUUCAAUUAAAGGAUUGUCUUCUUUGGUUGAGCUUCAAAUAGAAAAGCUUCCAAUUAUUAGUCUUCCGGAUCAUGUUUUUGGUGGACUUAAAUCACUGAAGAAUCUUGAGAUAAGGAACUGUGAGCGCCUUGGCUCGCUUCCCCACUCCAUUGGAGAAUUGUUAGCUCUUAGAACAAUGACUCUUACCAGAAAUGAUGCUAUUACGGAGCUGCCAGAAUCAGUUGGGAAUUUGCAGAAUCUUGUCAUAUUGAGAUUGACCAGAUGUAAGCGACUUUGCAAAUUGCCAGCUUCAAUUGGGAAACUAAAGAACUUAGUACACCUGCUAAUGGAGGAGACUUCAGUAACAAAAUUACCUGAAACAUUCGGGAUGCUAUCGAGCUUAAUGAUUCUGAAGAUGGGAAAGAAGCAUUUCUGCCAGGUAUCACAAAGUACUGAAACCACAGAACCAGCUACCUACACAGAAAGGGAAACAGCACCUGUUGUGCUUCCUUCAUCUUUCUCAGAGCUAUCCAUGUUAGAAGAACUUGAUGCCCGCACGUGGAGAAUAGUUGGGAAAAUACCGGAUGAUUUUGAGAAACUAUCAUCUUUGGAGAUCAUCAAUCUUGGUUUCAAUGAUUUUUCCUAUCUCCCGUCUAGUCUGAAAGGACUACCUUUCUUGAAAGAGCUCCUUGUUCCCCACUGCAAACAGUUGAAAGCUAUUCCUCCUCUUCCCUCAAGUUUGCUCAACAUAAAUGCUGCAAACUGUGGAGCACUAGAGAGUAUGUACGAUAUCUCAAGAUUAGAGUUCUUGCGCGAGCUAAAUCUUGCAAAUUGCAUGAGUUUGGUAGACAUCCAAGGUAUCGAAUGCUUGAAAUCCUUAAGAAUGCUACGUAUGGCUGGUUGCAAUGUCUCCUGUGCCUCUAUUGUUAGAAGCAAACUUGGUAAGGUUGCUGUGAAAAACUUGUAUAAUUUUAGCAUUCCAGGCAGUGAAAUCCCAAGUUGGUUAACUCCAGGUGAGGUGCAUUUCUCAAAACACAGAAACAAUGAAAUUAAAGCAGUGGUUAUUGCCAUAGUUGUGUCAGUGAACUGUGCUAAACCAGAUGAUUUAAGGGAUGAAUUGCCUGUAAUAGCUAACAUCCAUGCCAAAAUCGUUAGAGCAAAUCGAGCAGUAUAUACUACUGGUAUGUACUUGGUAGGAGUCCCAACUACGCCCCAGGAUCAAGUUUACUUGUGUAGGUAUCAAGAUUAUCAUCCAUUAGUAUCUAUACUCGAGGAUGGUGAUAUAAUACAGGUGGGCUUGGGCAACUUUCCCAUUACAGGGAUUGAACUGAAGAAGUGCGGAAUACAUUUAGUUUACGAAAGUGAUGAUGAUUAUGAAGGUAAUGAAGAAUCAUUGGAUGAAAGCCAACAAUCUGUAUCAGAAAGAUUAACAAGGUUUAUUGGAGCUUCUAAUAGAAAGAGCAACGUCUUCAGCUCGAACUCAGCUCAAGAAGAUGGAGAAAAGGAAAGAAGGCAUAACUGUUUUAGUUUCAUUAAGGAGAUUUUCUGUGCUUUAAAGUACCUUCUCUUUAGGUAAUUUGCAUCCUUCCUUCAAGCAUGAAGGACUUUGUGUUCUCAAACGUUUACUGCAGAAAGCUCAAGUUUCUCCCUCAA